GGCUCCCCAGUCUGAUCAAGUAGUUAUCGCUCACUGUUCUCACCAUGUCUGGAGUCGAAAUUCAUUCAGUGUCUCGCACGACCUAUGUGCCCAAAGGGGGCAAGCUGAACAAGAUCUCCAGUGCCUUGACGCAAGACAAGGCUCGUGGAGGCGCACAAGCUAUGCUCUAUGCCACUGGCUUGACUGAAGAGGAUAUGGAUAAGCCUCAGAUUGGUAUUUCUCCGAUAUGGUGGGAAGGGAACCCAUGUAACUUUCAUCUUCUUGAUCUUGCGAAGCAAGUCAAAGAAGGGUGCAAAGAUGAAGGCUUGGUGGGUCUCAUAUUUAACACCAUUGGGGUUAGUGACGCUAUCACUAUGGGCACAGAUGGAAUGCGUUACUCCCUUCCCUCCCGUGACUUGAUUGCAGACUCUGUAGAAGCUGUUACGCUCGCCCAGCACUACGACGGGAACAUCUCCAUCCCCGGAUGUGACAAGAACAUGCCAGGUGUCCUUAUGGCAGCAGCUCGCCACAAUAGGCCUACCAUCAUUGUAUAUGGAGGAACCAUCCAAGUAGGCACGCGGCAUGUAGACUGCCCUUCAAUGGGCUACAAGACGGGCGGGACAGUCAACAUCUCAGACGCUUUUGAAUCUUAUGGCGCUUAUGCUGUAGGCCUCAUCAACGAUGAGGAAAGGUUCGACGUCGUCCGCCACUCGUGUCCCGGCCCUGGUGCUUGUGGUGGAAUGUACACUGCGAAUACUAUGAGUUCCGCACUCGAGGUCCUAGGCAUGUCAUUGCCUUUCUCAUCCAGCACGCCGGCCAUGUAUCCGGCCAAGAUGCAGGAGUGCGCGCGUGCUGCUAGUUACAUGAAGCGUUUGCUGGAGCUUGACCUUAAGCCUCGCGACAUUCUUACCCGCCAAUCUUUCUUGAAUGCCAUCGCCAUCGUUAAUAUCCUCGGUGGAUCGACCAAUGCGGUCUUACACUUUCUGGCCGCGGCUCGUGCGGCCGAUAUCGACCUUACAAUUGACGACUUCCAGACGAUUUCCGAUCGCACUCCAUAUCUCGCAGACUUGAAGCCCUCUGGAAAGUAUUACAUGGAGGACGUGCACAAGAUCGGUGGCAUUCCGGCGGUGGUUAAGUACCUGCUCGCGCAUACGGAUUUGAUCGACGGCAGCCAAAUGACGGUCACUGGGAAAACGCUGGCAGAGAACUAUGCGGACGUGCCCGAGCUCAACUUCGACAACCAGGACAUCUUUAGGCCGAUCGAGAACCCCAUCAAGUCAUCUGGUCAUUUGACCAUUCUCAAAGGAACGUUGGCUCCUGGAACGGCCGUGGCAAAGCUGACAGGAAAAGAAGGCCUGCGCUUUGAGGGUGUUGCCAAAUGUUUCGACAGCCUGGAAGGCUUUUACCCUGCUUUGGAGAGGGGUGAGAUUAAGCCAGGCACCAUUCUCAUCUUUAGAUACCAAGGUCCCAAAGGAGCACCCGGGAUGCCGGAGAUGCUGGGUCCUACUGCCGCUCUAAUGGGUGCAGGACUUGGGAACUCUACAGCUCUUAUCACCGAUGGUCGUUUCUCUGGCGCCUCUCGAGGUUUCAUCAUCGGACAUGUCGUUCCCGAGGCAAUCGUCGGCGGUCCUAUCGCGCUCGUGAAAGACGGCGAUCCUAUUGUCAUUGAUUCUGCUGGCCGUGCCAUCGACUGGAAUGUGAGCGAGGAGGAGAAGGUCCGCCGUAAGCAGGAGUGGGACACGUCUGGAAAGAACAAGCUCAAGGAGAGGAGAGGAGUCCUAUACCGGUAUGCCCGGGAUGUUGCGCCGGCGAGCGAAGGCGCCUACUGCGAUUAGCCGUACAUCUUGCUUGAUGGUAUUUAUGUGCAUGUCGUGGUACAAAGACAUGAUGUAUAUCGCUAGCUAGGCAUGUAUACAGUAAAUGCAUUGUGGGUUAUUACAUUGAAGCUGAUAGGUAUCCGGGAUUUAUUCAUAAAAGUUCUAUAGCAUUGUGGCGUGUAUAAGUAAUGCCCAGUGAACGUCCAACGUUAAUUUGGAUGGUAUGAGGUCGUGAUGCAGACAGGAAAGCUCUUUAUGCUUCUGAAGGUCCAGCCGGUGGGUCGUUGGUGUGAGCGGCCACUGCCUUCCUGGAGGCUGCGUAGUCUCGCUUGGUGAUAUUUUCACCUGCCGAAAGAUCUGAUACAGUCUGAUGAAUGAUGGAGGUUGGCUCGGCCGCAGAUGAAGGCCCAGCUUCUGCUUGUUUUGAGCUACUGGCUGCGAUAUCGUCUUCGGUGACGCGGGCGCCAGGCUCCUUCUGGCCCUCGAGGAUAGCUGGGUCUGGUGGUAUGAUGUACUUGUCACCCUGCCUGCGCGGGGGAGGCUCCUCAACGCCAGCCUCAACUAGCCGGUCUUUUCUGACGCGAUUGCGACGACGAUAAAUAUACCAGACAAGCGUGAAUAGCCAAGCGAUGGCCACAAGACCACCACAGACUG